AUGCCCCCGCUAGCCCAGCUGUGCGCACUCGCUCUGCAGUACCGCUGUGACCUGAGCCAAGAGCUGGACCAGAACAUUCGCUCGUGUUUUCACAGUAGCCGAGUUCCGAGCAUCUCUCUCUGGGACUACGUACGUCGUUUUGCGAAGUACUCCGUCUGUAGCGAGGAGUGCUUUAUCUUAGCGAUGGUUCUGAUGGAUCGGUAUGUUUGUAAAACGAAAAUUCCGAUCACCCUUCGCAACGUACAUCGGCUCUACAUCACUGCCAUGACGCUGAGUGUGAAGCUACGCGAUGACUCAUAUUACAGCAAUGCUUACUAUGCUAGCAUUGGUGGUGUGGUGAAUGCUGAGCUAAAUGUGUUGGAGCUAGAGUUGCUUGAUAUUGUGCAGUGGUUCACGUGGGUGGAGAGGUCCGUGUACGAUGCUUAUGUGUGUCGACUAGAGGCACUUUUCGGCGAUGCGUUGCCCAAGCGAAUGGAAGCAUCGCCGUCUCGGUAG